CUUUGUGUCUGGGAAGGUAAACAACAAGAAGUGAGAGAAUAAGAGGGGCCAGGGUACACAGAAGUGGAUACUCAUGUUAAAUCUGGAUGCUACUUCUACAGAUUAUACAGUGAGAGCUUCCCAACUAAAAGCAGUGUCAAGACAGAGGAGUGUGUCUCUGUACACACUGGGCUCUGAGCUGAUCCAUGAUGCUGGCUCUUCUUACUCUGCUGCUGGGACUCACAGCCUCUGCUGCCUCAGUGGAGUGGAGGCGCCCUGUGAUUAUGUUUAACUCCAAAGUGCUGACGCGCCCCGAGGUGGUGGUGAGGAUGGGCACACAGCUUGACCUGCGCUGUGAGGGCGACGGUCCCGUGAACUGGCGCCCGCGUUUACCCAAACACCGGCGCUACAUCUCCAAACAAAGGGGCACUGUCCAGACGCUCAGAGUGGAGCGGCCAACUGCAGAAUUCACGGGGACUUAUGUGUGUUAUUAUACCAGUGAGCCACAGCAAAGCGAGCUCACCGCCUCCGUGCAUGUCUAUGUCAGAGAUCCUAACCGGCUGUUCUGGGCUAGCAGCAACCUCCUUCGUGUUGUGAAAAAGGAGGGAGAGGACUUCAUGCUGCCGUGUCUCCUGACUGACCCCUCUGCCACAGACAUAGGCCUGCGCAUGGACAACGGCACCUCUGUCCCGCCGGGAAUGAACUACACAGUGUACAAGCAGCGUGGCAUCCUCAUUCACAACCUCCACCCCAGCUUCAACGCCGACUAGUGCACGGCCAGAGUCAAUGGAGUGGAGAAGACUUCCAAGGCGUUUUCCAUCAAUGUUAUUCAAAAGCUUCGGUUCCCUCCUUACGUCUUCCUGGAUACAGAUGAAUACGUGCGCAUUGUUGGAGAGGAACUGAAGAUUCGCUGCUCUACACACAACCCCAACUUCAACUAUAAUGUUACAUGGAAAUAUACCACUAAAUCGAAGCCGAUUAUUGAGGAGAAGGUUAAAUCAAAUGGAGAAAAUAGACUGGACAUCCAAAGCACACUGACCAUUUCGGCUGUGGACCUGGCAGACACUGGGAACAUAUCUUGUAUCGGCACCAAUGAAGCUGGAGUGAACAGUACAACAACAUACCUGCUAGUAGUAGAUAAGCCCUACAUCAGGUUACAACCCCAGCUCUCCCCGAAACUGGCCCAUCGGGGUUUGUCUGUGGAGGUGAAUGAAGGAGAGGACCUGGAGCUCAGUGUGGUUAUAGAAGCAUAUCCUCAUAUUACUGAACACAAGUGGGUCACGCCAACCACCCCCAAUACUUCCACACCAGAGUACAAGUUCAUACGAUACAACAACAGAUAUUAUGCUAGUCUUCAUCUUAAAAGAAUGAAUGCUCAUGAACAAGGCCAGUAUACUUUCUAUGCAGGGAACAAUCUGGCCAACGCCUCAAUCACAUUUCAAGUCCAAAUGUAUCAGAGACCGAUUGCAGUGGUCCGAUGGGAAAAUAUUACCACACUCACAUGCACCUCUUUUGGGUACCCUGCUCCGAGAAUCAUUUGGUACCAGUGUUUUGGGAUCAGGCCCACGUGUAAGGAGAAUAACUCAGGGACCCAGAUGCCCAUCCCCCUGCAGGCACCCACAGUGGAGGUGCAGAGGGAGGAGUAUGGGGCAGUGGAGGUGGAGAGCGUCCUCACUGUGGGACCCUCCAGACACAGAAUGACUGUGGAGUGUGUGGCCUUCAACGUCGUGGGAGUGAGCAGUGACACUUUUGCCAUGGAGGUGUCUGAUAAGCUUUUCACAUCCACUUUGUUCGGAGCUGGAGGGGUUCUGUCAGUGCUGCUUCUGCUUUUAGUGUUUCUCCUUUACAAAUAUAAACAGAAACCAAGAUAUGAAAUCAGAUGGAAGAUUAUUGAAGCGAGUGAUGGGAACAACUACACCUUUAUUGAUCCAACGCAGCUACCGUACAAUGAGAAGUGGGAGUUUCCACGAGAUAAACUCAAGCUAGGAAAGAUCCUUGGUGCUGGUGCUUUUGGAAAAGUUGUUGAAGCCACAGCCUAUGGUCUUGGAAAAGAGGACAAUGUGACACGGGUGGCUGUCAAAAUGUUAAAAGCUAGUGCUCAUUCAGACGAAAGGGAAGCGCUGAUGUCUGAACUGAAGAUCCUGAGUCAUUUGGGACACCACAAGAACAUUGUCAACUUGCUUGGUGCAUGCACAUACGGAGGUCCAGUGUUGGUGAUAACAGAGUACUGCAGUCUGGGUGACCUCCUGAACUUUCUGCGACAUAAGGCAGAGAUGUUUAUGAACUUUGUAAUGGACAUGCCUGAGAUUGUGGAAAACGACUAUAAGAAUGUCUGCAAUCAGAAACAUUUCAUACGGAGUGACAGUGGGAUCUCCAGUACAUCUUCAGGCAGCUAUUUAGAAAUGAGACCUACCCAGGCACCACACAUCGAGUCAUCUCAAGAUACCGAAUCAAAUGUCGAUUGGUCAUUUGACAUUGACGAUUUGCUGCGGUUUUCCCUCCAAGUGGCUCAGGGUUUGGAGUUCCUUGCAAGUAAAAAUUGCAUUCACCGAGACGUGGCAGCCAGGAAUGUUCUUCUAACGGACCGCAGAGAGGCCAAGAUCUGUGACUUUGGCCUGGCACGAGACAUCAUGAAUGACUCCAACUAUGUAGUAAAAGGAAAUGCACGUUUACCUGUUAAGUGGAUGGCCCCAGAAAGUAUUUUUGAAUGUGUCUACACUGUUCAGAGUGAUGUCUGGUCCUAUGGCAUCCUGUUAUGGGAGAUCUUCUCACUAGGUAAGAGCCCAUAUCCCAGUAUUGCAGUGGACUCCAGGUUCUACAAAAUGGUGAAGCGAGGAUACCAGAUGUCCCAACCAGACUUUGCUCCACCUGAGAUCUACAUGAUCAUGAAAAUGUGCUGGAACCUGGAGCCCACAGAGCGUCCCACCUUCACAAAGAUCAGUUCGAUGAUAGAGAGAUUAUUGGGUGGUUCGAUGGGACAGAGUCAAGAGCAGGAGCAGCUAGUCUACCAAAAUGUGCUGCAGCUGGAGCAGCAAGAGCAGCCAGAGCAGAGCAGGGAGGGUGAGGAGUGUGACCAGCCCAAAUGCUGUUGCCAUGGCCCCUGUGACCAGUCUUGUGACAGUGAGGAAGAGGAGCAGCCCCUCAUGAAGACCAACAACUACCAGUUUUGUUGAAUUUAUUAACAAAUUCAUUAAAAAAACUCCGAAUGCCACGUCAAAUCAAACUUUUUAACUACACCAAGGCAGGCUGAAAUUAGCAGUGUCCCUACCACACACUGUUGGGAUCUAAUUUUUGCUGGUCAUGCCUCUUUGCUAGACAGACAGCUAUGAGAAACCAUGUGAUCUACUUCUUUGGAGACCGUGACUGGAAAUACACGCAAUUUACAAAGACUUAUGACUUGAAAGGAAAAAAGUAUGUCAACAAUGCAAAGUAAUAGAAGCCAUCUCUUAUAAUGGACUCGAGUAUUUAAAUUCGUCAGUAUUGUUUUACCUUGUAUUGUAUUUGUAUUUGUAUUCUGUAUGACUUCUCAUCUUCAUGGAUUUGUGGGUUGUGUCAGCAGGUUCACUGUUUCAUUAGACUUCAAUGCUAUUUUCUUGGAGAAAGCUUACCCUCAAACUGUCUAAGUGACCUAUUCAUUCUCCAAUACUGUGUGAUGCUAUUCUGUCUCUGAUCACCUAAAUUGAAACAGUGAAAGUGUUUUUCUCCGAGUUUAACAUGCUAAAUGGAGCGUGGAGAGGGGGAAGAAUGGCCAUGUUGUUGCCGUGGACACACUUACAGCAGCUGUCAGUCAAUGGCAGCAUGUGAUUGUUCCACUUCAAUUUAUGGGAUUAAUUAACAAAGUCUGUUCAGUGUGUGUUUUUAAGGCAGCAAGUUACAGAUGGUGUGAGCAGGGAAAUCUGUAGAGACAAUUUUUAUGUUUGACAAUGUGAAGUUUAUAUUAUACUGCUUAUGAAUGUUUAUAAAUGAAGAAGCACAAAUGUAGUGGUCAGCUUACACUGCCAGAUAGAUGUUUUUGGUGUAAUUUAUAAGCUAUAUUGCAAACUUUGGACCAAAGACUUGUAAUAUGAAUUCAGGCAUUUCAGUGAAAGUACUUGCAUCUGAACGUGAUGCCCAAUAAUGUAUAUAAUGUCUGUCUGUAAAUUCAGAAUUAUCUUUAUUUUCUCUGAAAAUGUCCCAGAGUACAUAGUAGUAAUGGUGUUUGAUGUGUUUUUAAGCAAAUGAGACAAUCAUCGCUAAACUGCAAGA